GUGAACUAAGUAGACAUGUAGUUAAACAUGAAAAACCCAUGAUGCGUGCAGUUAAACAUGAAAAAACCAUGAUGGAAAAUCGUCUUUCAGGUUUGUAAUAUUUGUGGUAUGGUAAAAAGUAAAAACUGGUUCGACACAGUCUGCCCGGGAUUAACUUCUGUCAAUCGAAUAUUGGCAAACCAAGGUCAGUCAACAGAACAACUCAGCAUACAGUAAUUUGUCUUUGAUAUUUCAGUAAGAUUUUACCAAUCUGGCUUUUAUAAGUAAAUUUCAAGAAUCCCACAUCGGAUUACCGCACUCCAGUUUUUUAUUCCAUUGAUAAGGUUGUUUCUGGUGACCUUACAUAGUAUGCAUCAAGGAUAAGAUUCAAGGUGUAUUACAUCUAGAGUCAUUGUCCUAGGAUCUGAAGAAGGCUACAAAUUCAGACUAUGCCAACUUCCAGGUCUCGUGAAAGCUUCAAGACCAGGCCAAUGUCGGUAGAGUUGAUGAAGAUUCUCCUCGCCCUGAUCUUUUUGCUGUCAGUAUUACAGAAUUCUGAUGGACAGUUUGAGGACUACUGCGUAGCAGACGAGCAAACUCCAGAGGACCAGCUGCUGGCGGCCAUGAACUGGGCGUGUGGCAACGGGGCAGACUGCAGAGCGAUCCAAGAGAACCAGCCAUGUUACCUUCCAAACACAGCAAGGGACCAUGCAUCUUAUGCAUUCAACAGCUACUAUCAGAAUAUGAAGCACAAAGGAGGAAGUUGCUACUUCAAUGCUGCUGCAGUUUUAACUGGUCUUAAUCCAAGCCACGACCCGUGCAAGUUUGAGUACCUCCCUUGAGAGCCAGCACUAAAUAGAAGGGCUUCUUCCUCCAAAGAUCUUCACAAUUAUAGCAAUAGGGGUCUGAAAACUUUGUAUUACAAAUUCACAGUGAAAUUCUUGGACUUAAAAGAGUUACUUGUUAUCUUCAUUAUGUGCUUUUGAUUGUAAUAAAAACGGUUAGCAUGUCAUACAAUAUCCAAUUUGGGCUUCUAAACUCAA